AACUACUUCUUUCCUUAUCACAUUGUCCAAAGCGGCUUCGAUAAGAACCCGCUUGUGGUCGGAAAGAUCAUCGAGUUUUGUGCGGUGUCGGGGCACGGAGACAUGAAUUACGCAGUGAGGGUUUUUAACAUGAUCGAUAAACCCGACGCGUUUAUGUGUAACACCAUGAUCAGGGGCUUCGGAAAAACUAGCCAACGACGACAGGCCAUUGACUUGUACAGAAGAAUGCAUGAAAAAGACAGUUUCACGUUCUCUUUCUUCCUCAAAAUCAUUGCUGGAUUGGGGUCAGUUGCAUUGGGAAAGCAAUUGCAUUGCACAAUCCUUAAACAUGGGCUUGAAACACAUGCUUAUGUGAGAAACUCUCUGAUUCACAUGUAUGGUAUGGUGAAGGACGUAGAAACUGCACACCAACUGUUUGAGGAAAUUCCAGAUCCAGAUUUAGUGGCUUGGAACUCUAUCAUCGACUCUCAAGUGCAUUGCCGAAACUAUAAACAAGCUCUCCACCUGUUUGCCAGAAUGCUGCAGAGUGGCGUGCUGCCCGACGACGCCACUUUCGUAGUGACCCUCUCAGCUUGUGGAGCAAUAGGAGCACUGGAUUUCGGGAGGCGAAUUCAUUCUAUCAUACGUAACACUGAGCUUGGUGGGAGUGAGAGCACAUUAGUCUCCAAUUCGCUAAUUGACAUGUAUGCAAAGUGUGGAGCUGUGGAGGAAGCCUACCACAUAUUUACUAACAUGAAAGGGAAGAAGACCGUGAUUUCAUGGAAUGUCAUGAUUCUUGGGCUUGCCUCCCACGGUAAUGGAGAAGAGGCGUUGGCGUUUUUCACGAAAAUGUUGCAGCAGAAUGUCGAGAGACCGGAUGGUGUUACAUUCUUGGGGGUGCUAAGUGCUUGUAGCCAUGGAGGAUUGGUUGAGGAAAGUAGACGGUAUAUUGAUAUUAUGGGGAGAAAGUAUAACAUUCAACCCACAAUAAAGCACUACGGGUGCAUGGUGGACCUUUUGGGUCGAGCUGGUUUAGUUGAGGAAGCAUACAAUUUGAUAAAGAGCAUGCCGGUGGAGUGCAAUGCAAUUGUAUGGAGGACUUUGUUAGUUGCAUGUCGACUUCAUGGAUGCGUUGAACUUGGUGAGAAGGUGAGAAAACAUCUGUUGGAAUUAGAACCAGACCAUAGCAGUGAUUAUGUUCUUCUUGCAAAUAUGUAUGCAAGUACGGGCCAAUGGAAUGAAAUGAGCAAAGAAAGAAGAUCAAUGCAGUUAAGGAGAGUUCAGAAACCAGAGCCUGCAAAU